UACGCGUCCCCCUUAACUUCCAUCCACCCCUGCCCCCUCUCUCUCUCUCUCUCUCUCUCUCUCUCUCAUCCUCCACUACUCUCUAUCUCUCCCUCUCUCUUAAAUGCUUUUCUCCCCUACAUAAAUAUUCCUCACAUUCUUCCUCUUCACCUCAUCACACUUCACACAAGAUCUCAAAGUCAUGAAAAUCCUAACCACUUUCCUCAUAGCCUUUCUCCUCACCACAGCCUCCCUCUGCCUUGCCACCCGACCCGACCCCUCCGGUUCAGCCCAAGCCCAGCCCAAGCCCUCCAAACACAAGGCUCAAAACCAAAACCAAAACAACCACCAAGGGAGUGGAGGUGGCGGUGGAAAUGACAAUGGGGCGGGUGGGUUCUGGGGACCCGGAGGCGGGUUCAACAUACCCGGGAUGGGAAGCGGGUGGGGACCCGGAGUAGGCGGCGGGUACGGAGCCGGGUACGGAGGGCCUUACAAAGGGUACUCCAAAGGUGGAGUCGUGAAGCCCAGCAUGGUUUGUAAGGACAAGGGCCCAUGCUACAAGAAGAAGCUGACGUGUCCGGCCAAGUGCUUCACUUCCUACAGCCACUCCGGUAAGAACUACGGCUCCGGCGGCGGCGGCGGCGGUUGCACCAUGGACUGCCAGAAGUGCCUUGCUUACUGUUAAGUGUGGCUGUGGCCCAUAAGCCGGAAACAGUUUCUACUAAUAUACGUUUAUGUUGUGCUUUUAGAGUGAUGGUUUUCUUACUCGUGUGGUGUGUUUACUUUUCUUUAUUUAUGUUUUUAUUUUCGGCUCCUUUGGGUAGUGUUUGGAUCUUGAAAAUUUAGCCGGGUUUCUCAUUUUUAGGAGAGAAAAAGAUGGAGAUGAGUUUCCCUAAA